AUCUCUCGCUUCAACUGUUCAACAGCAAAGUUGAAACUCCCAAUUUGCAUUGCCACAUUGAGUUCCAACAAAAUUACAUUGAACUAAGCACAGGGAAAAAAGUACUAGAAGUUAAAAAAUCACGGAUUUCAACCCCAAAUUAGGCAAAAAACACAAAAAACCAAGAAAGAAUCCGGUAGAAAUUACCCUCUGCAUGCCUGACAUUUUCCACUUCACUCUCUUCUUACAUCACCAGCACUGAAGUUAUAAUCUUUCAAUUUGCUAAACUAUUUUCAAUUUCAUUGGAGUGUUCUUUUGGGUUCUUGAUUCUUGAGAUUGAGUCUGCUGCUGGGAAUGGCAGCUUCUUGUUCCUGUACUGCUUCCCAGAAAGAGGUGGAAGACAAGCUCACAGCUUAUGGGAUGAAGCUAAUGAAUCCUCCCUCUUCCAUUGAUGACCUCCGCAACUUUCUCCAUAGAGUUGAAUCCUUACUGAAAAUGGUAGGUCAAUGCCCUUCUGAUUCAAUGAAAAGUGCACUUCAACCUGUAAUGAAUGCACUAAUCGAGAAAGAGCUUUUGAGGCAUAACACCGAAGAUGUCAAAGUUUUAGUUAUUUGUUGUAUUACUGAGCUUUUCAGAAUAACUGCCCCACGUCACCCUUAUGAUGAUGAUAGACAAAUGGAGGAAAUUCUUCAGCGUACUGUAAUGGCAUUGAAAAAGUUAUCUGAUGUUUCUGGCUGCAUUUACUAUAAGGUGGUCCAAAUUCUUGAAAUUGUUGCUAAAGUAAGGGCCUUUGUGAUGUUGUUGGACUUUGAAUGUGACACCUUAGUUAUUGAGAUAUUCAAACUUUUCCUCGGGAUUAUCAGGCCCUACCAUCCUCAUAAUGUAUUCACUAAGAUGGAAGAAAUCAUGACUCAGCUCAUAGAAGACAGUGAUGAACUCUCAGUAGAGCUUCUACGGCCAAUUCUUGAUAGUGUCAAAAAGGAAAAUCAGAUUGCUUCACCUGUUUCAUCAAAAUUGGGGGAGAAAGUCCUGGAAAAGUGUGCUGCCAUUGUUAAACCUUAUCUUGCAGAAGCCCUAAAGUCAAUGAGUUUAAAUCCUGAUGACUGUGCUGAAAUUGUUGCCUCAAUAUGCAAUGAAACAAAAGGAGAACAAAUGAUGGCAAAUGAAAAUGCACCUGAUACUCGACAUCCUAUAAAAGUUGGUCAAUCCGAUUCAGAAUUUUGUGAGCCAGCGCUGCAGGAUGACACUCACAUGGAGCAGCUAAAGGUUACUUGUACAAUGAAUGUCAUGAAACCUGUCAAUCCAGAAGAUGUGCAACCAGCAACAAAUGCCGAAGUAGUUUCAAGGAGGAGUAGUGAACUUACAGGUAGUGGUGGCCAGCAUUCUUCGGCGUCCAAAAAGCCUGAGAUUAGCAAUGGAAGUCAUGGUCAUUGGGAUCAGCCCAAAAAGAAAGAGAUCCUGACAAAUGAGGAUGCUCACCUAGGUGUGUUAGUUCCAGAAGGAGACGUGCUGCAAUCCCAAGUUAAGAAAAAAGGUUCUCUUCAUUUAGGUCUUACUGGGGAAGAGAGAACCAAGCACACAGUUUGUGCCAAAAGAAAUCAAGGAAGGAGCUCAAGGAAGAAUGAGUUUGCUUCCAAUUACGAUGCAGAUAGCAAAUCUGAAUUUAGCACCAAAAGUGAAGAAGGAAACAUCAGUGACUAUGAGGAGCCAUCACUGGAACUAAUUGAUGGAAGGAAAAAGAAGAAAAAGAGAAAUUCUUUUAAGAUGCUUGAUUUUGACGAUUCUGGAGAUGAGGCAACUAAACUAUCAGUCAGAUAUGAAAAUAACUUAAACGGAUGUGCUAAUUAUCAACCCUGGAGGAAGUUGACCACAGGCAAACAUGAGGAUUCUAAAUGGUGCCGUAACAUCAAACGUUAUGGUGAAGAACUGGUUGGUGCUAGAAUAAAAGUUUGGUGGCCAUUGGAUGAAAAGUUUUACGAGGCAACCAUUUCUUCUUUUGACCCUGUGAAAUGGAGACACAAGGUCUUAUAUGAUGAUGGUGAUAUAGAAAACUUGAUAUUACAUGAAGAGCGAUGGGAGAUGCUUGAAGACAAUUCAUCUCAAAAGGAUUCUAAAAGGCGUCGUAACAUCAAACGUUAUGGUGAAGAAUUGGUUGGUGCUAGAAUAAAAGUUUGGUGUCCAUUGGAUGAAGAGUUUUACGAGGCUAUCAUUUCUUCUUUUGAUCAUGUGAAAAAGAGACACAAGGUUGUACAUGUUGAUGGUGAAGUAGAAAUGUUGAAACUACAUAACGAACGGUGGGAGAUGCUUGAAGACAAUUCAUCUCAAAAGGACAAUGAAAUAAACAUUCAAGGCCAUGCUGUUUCAUCUGUUACGGAAAGUGAUAAAACCCCACCUGUGAAGACUUAUUUUAGAAGAAAGCGUGAAAGAGGAGAUCAAGAUUUCGUCAGCCUUGACCAAGUCUAACUUCUUCAAUACGUAGCUACCAUUCCUACCCACUAUCAGAUCAGACAUUAGAGUUUUCUUAGUCAUUUGUCGUAAAAAGUAUGUAUCCUAUAAAUAUCUAGUUAGGAUUAUAUUGGUAUGUUUGAAUAUUUGCAUCUGGGAGUUUUAUCCACUCCAUGCGGACAAAUUUAUUGGCUGUAAAUUGUUUUUAAGAUUCUCGCAAGAAUUUUCCUUCUAUUCA